AUGCCCAACACGAUUGCUUACGAUUGGUCGCAGACAGCCACGCACUUGUCCUUGCAUCUUCGCAUCCCGUCUCUAAAGGCCGACCUGAAGCAGCAGCAGCAAUGCCCUACUCUAUCAAUAACUCUUGCCAGCUGCUACUUACGCGUAUGUCGUCAUCCAUGGAUACUUGAGCUUGAUCUAUGGGGUGAUGUUGACUAUAAAUCAGCAAAGGUUACACCAGGAACUGACAGUCUCUCCAUUAUGGUGCCCAAGCUUCAUGAAGGUUUUUGGGGCUCUGUCUCAGCAGUUAGCAACCCGGCCUUACAGCAGCACGAGAUAAGAGAACGGAGACGUAUUGCCGUAGCUGCCUACACCGAAUGGCAGGAGCAACAGCAACAAAAGCGUAGCGCUGCCCGUCAUACUCGGAAAGAAGAGCAACAAAGACGUGUGUGGAAGCAGCGGAAGGAGCAGCGUGAAUGGCAUGAGCAUCAAAAGGCCAUGCAGGCGCGCCAUGUGCUUGAGCAGCUACAGGACGACGUAGCAACAACCUGCGGACGGUCAAGCGAGUGCUCGACAGCAGAAGGAGCAAGUCUGUAUGCGCAUCAUCGAGUAGAAAAGCCCACAAGCUGUCAAAAAUAUACCGAAGCCGAUGUUAGUCAUGAAAUGAGCAGUUCCUCAAUGAAGAAGCAGCUGCAUGCUUAUCAUGCCCAACGCAUUGAGAACAGCCGCAGCGGCUGUGAAUGGACCGAUCACAAGAACCAGCCACCACCAGCAACAAAAUAUGAUGCUGACAGUUCUGAAAUAAACAAUAAUGAGUCUACGGAAAGCGUGCAAAAUGUAGAGACACCCAACGUCUUAUGUGAAGCUUUUAUCCGAUGCCCCCCGGAGCAGCCUACUUCGCACACUGGACGCACAGAAACAGUAGAUAACUCAGCUUGUGUAGCAGAAGAUCAUGGUAGGCCGGCGUCAUGCACUACGGUUAGCGUUUCGUUUGGCGCUAGACGGCCGAACCGAAUUCCAGCUAGGGGCCCUCGAGAGCCGCCCCUCCCCAACUCAACAGCAGUAAUAAGUAACAGCACUAUGUGCAGGGAAAAACCUGGGGACCUACCUCGGUUGCAGCAAACUAGUCCAGAGUGGCUGCACUCUAAAGCCACUCGCUUGUUGCUUGGAGGAGAUCCAGCAGCAGCUGCUGAAGCCUAUGGCAUAACCCUGCGCCUGAAAGGGCCUCACACCUAUCAGCCACUAGUUGUUGCGAAGGCCUUUUGUGGCCGCAGCUUAGCUUGGCUAGCGAUGGGGGAGAAUGAGAAAGCUCUAUCAGACUGUAAAGAAGGACUGGAAGCUCUGCAAGAUGCGCAGCGGCAGGCAGAUGCAGCAGCAGCUGUCGCAGGGCAUCCGCUAGGAGAAAAUCGGCAGCAGCACAUGGAAGCUUUGCACUUGCGACACGUCCUCCUAGCCCGACGUGCUGCUGCGUUUUUGAGGGUUAACGACCUUGAAAAAUUACGGCAAAUACAAAAGAAAAAACAGGAUGCUGAUACGGCACUUCGCUUGGCCUUGAAGUGCCAUCAGAAGCAGGCUGUACAACACUUCGACUCGUCACUCUCAAAGGAAGAGGACCUAGUUCAAGGUUGUGUGGCGCCAACAGCGGGAACUGAAGUUGCUCAGCAAUCCCACAGAACGUAUUUUCUGCUGCAAAGGAGCAUUAGGUUGUAUGUGCACCUGCUAACUCACCUCGUUGCUCCAGAGUCAUCAUCCGCGGACAGUGUGCAUGGCGGAGUGGCAGUACGGGAUAUACACGUUCCGUCUCAAUCCACCACAGGAUACGGGUGUGCAAAAACGUUGGAGGACCCAGGUUUAUUGACUUCAUCCACAACCGCAAUCACGUCGACGCCAGCUUCCGUUACCCUAGGCUGUAUAGCAGAUGUACCUAUUGGGGAUAUAGUAGACGCUGAUGCCGCAGCAGCGACAGAAGCCGCUAAACGGCUUGCAGCUGCCCUUCUUACAACAGUAGCACAUAAAGGCAGCUUUCCAUGCGCUGCUGCCGCAGCAGCUGUCCUUUCAAACAUGGCUCUGGCUCUCCUUCACCUACAAGUCAGCUCCUGUGCUUCCGCGGCCGUAGCGGCUGCCGAUGCUGCAGGAACACUGAUCAGGCAUGCGGAAGAAAGAUUGAAUCUCCAACAAAUCCACGUGCAGGGGGUCAUCCCACCAUUAAAGGAAGAAAAGCAGCACUUGCUGAAGCUUUGCCAGCAAGAGAAUGACAGGCAGCUGCAUACAACGGUGCAGGUGCAGCAUUGUCUGCCAAAUAUAUUGGGAACUUUGCAUCAGGUACCUUCUGCUGACUGA